GCCAUCGCAGGAAGAAAGCUAUUGCCUUAGUAGACGCGGCAUGGAUGUGCACAUCGAAAGCGCGUGCAAUGAACGAUGCUGACGGACAGUUUGGAUAAAACGCUACAACAAUUAGGAACACACGGGUGUGCAGCAGGCAAAAACUCGGACAUCGGCGCAAGUGACUGAUAAAGCUGAAAAGCUGUGUACUCGCGCAAACAAAUUUGUGGGCCAUAGCGGCGAGCGUGUUAUGAGAGCAUUUUAUGUUAUUCUUUCUAUUUUUUGUGGUUUGAUCAAAAGCUUGCGAGUAUCUAAACAAGAAAAAUGUGGAUAAUUUCAAAAGCGAAUAUUCGUGUAGACUAGUGCGAGCAGAACAAGCGUGAACGGUUGAAUAAUUCGAGAAACCUUUGAGAAGAAUCAACAAAUCUGUCAUCAAAGAAUUUGACAGCCACAUUACCGCAGAUAAGGUAGAAGGCCCCAAGUAAAUAAAUCCUUCAACAGCGAUUGAAGCGCGACACAACCGCAAACCAAAAAGUAAUCAAAAGUACCAACAACAGUGCCACAUACACAUUUAGAGAUUUCCGCUCAAAAGGUGAUUGGCGCAACAGAUCACGCUGGGGAUCAAGGCAGCCGCGCAAAGUGAUCAAACGUCGAUCGUCGAAUGAUAAACGGGAAAAACACAUGUUGCACUCGAUCGACAGAAGUGCGUGCAAAUGCAUAGAAAACAGCGAGAACGACAACAUCUAUGACAACUGGUAAAAUAACUAGGAACAACAACAACACUGCGAUAAGCAGCAGCAAUAAAUUAAAAGCAGAAAUAGAGAGUCUCAAAUUAAAAGAAACUAAAGUGGAUUUCCGGUGAAUCAAGAAGCCGAAACCAGCACAACAACAACGCACAGCGCUCGUAGCAUCCGCAUGACAAAACCAUAUACACCGCACAUGUGUCAACGUGCACCCCUUGCGAAGUAUUUACAAAAAUAAACAGGCGGGUGCAACUAAAAAUGGAUGCAACACGCGACAUAGCUACGAACGCACCAACUGCCACAACAACCACAGCAAACACAAGCACAUUUCAAGUAAAUCGUAUAGCAACAGGCAGGCAAAGUCACUCGAGACGCUGCUGGAGCAAAAAUAUGGCUGCCACAGUCAUAGACGCUGCCGAAACGACAGCGAGUCAUAAACCACAGCAUAGUCGCAUAAAUUACAAAAAUAGAUAUCCACGCCAGAGUGGAGUUGCCACGGCAACGUGUAGACGCAAUGCCACAAUCAGUAGCCACCUAGACACUGUCGGACGUACACCGACACCGACAAUGGGCGCAGUUUCGGAAGUACUCAAAAUUAUCUACCUCAGCAUUUUACUAUUUUGCGUACUCAACACACCGCAUGCGGUGUCGGCUAGAAAGCCCACUUCGCAAGAGCUCAACGAUUACGACGAUGCAGUGUUCGAGGUACAAAAGCGUAGCGAGCAAGAGUUCGGCACCGAGACGGCAGUGGAAAAUGGCGACAUCGACAACAUGGACAGUGAUGAUUCCAACGGCACGCUUAGGAAUAACACCAACGCCACGAACACGGAUGGCAGCGAAACGAAAUCACCUACUGAUUUCGAGCCACGUUUCAAGAAUUCAAAGUAUCUGCCGAACAUACUCUCCAAACCUUCCGGCAGUUAUAUACAACUGUCGUGCCCGGCAACUGGCCGACCGGAACCGACCAUAACAUGGACGCUCAAUGAUACAAAGAUCUCACGGCAUAUGGGACGUGUGCGCAAGGUGAAAUGGGGUAUACAUAUGGCAGAUGUGGUGCCCGAAGACUCAGGCAUAUACAAGUGUCGCGUAUGCAACUAUCUCGGUUGCAUUGAGCACGCAACGAAAUUGAUCAUUAGUGAUCGUGUCAAUCACAAACCGAUUAUAUUGAAAGCGCCUAUGAAUCUAACAUUGGCAUUAAAUGCAAGCGGCAACAUGGAAUGUGUCUACUUGUCCGAUUUGCAUAGCAAAAAAACCUGGACAUUCACGCCUUGCAACAAAACCGCCUGCUCAACGAAUACUACAUUUCUGAAGAAUGUGGAAGACGUAGAUAUUUUGAAUUUCACCAAUGUGACGCCAGAAAACGAAGGCUGGUACACCUGCGUCGAAAUGAACGGACUCGGUCAGUCGCAUAGCAGCGCUUACCUGCGCAUUCAAGACCCCAGUGUACGCGCCAUAGCGAAAUCUAUGCACGGCUAUGAGAUAUGGGGUAUUGUGGCCGUCAUGGUGCUGCUCGCAUUGGUUUGCAUCAUCUUCUUCGUGUAUGUGCUGCGUAAAGUUAAGCACGAAAAGCUGCUCAAACAACGUAUCGAAACGGUGCAUCAGUGGACGAAGAAGGUGAUCAUAUAUAAGCCGCCGAGUGGCGACUCCAGCGGCUCCAUGGACACUAUGAUAAUGCCGGUGGUGAAAAUUGAGAAGCAGCGAACAACUGUGCUGCAGAGUUCCAACUCGGAACCGGCACCAUUUAAUGAAUACGAGUUUCCCUUGGAUUCCAAUUGGGAAAUACCACGCUCACAACUGAUACUGGGCGCAACACUUGGUGAGGGCGCUUUCGGACGUGUCGUCAUGGCCGAGGUUAAUAAUUCAAUUGUUGCCGUGAAGAUGGUGAAGGAAGGCCAUACCGAUGAUGAUAUUGCCAGUUUAGUGCGCGAAAUGGAGGUCAUGAAAAUCAUUGGCAAACACAUCAACAUAAUUAAUCUGCUUGGUUGUUGCAGUCAAUCGGGACCGCUCUAUGUGAUUGUGGAGUUCGCACCGCAUGGCAACCUCAAGGACUUUCUCAACAAAAAUCGACCACUUGCUGCUGGCACACUCAAAGAUUAUGGCGAUCAGCAGCAUCAGCUACCGCUACCGAAACACCACCUCACCGAGAAGCACCUCAUUUCAUUUGCUUUUCAAAUUGCGCGCGGCAUGGAGUACUUGGCAUCACGUCGCUGCAUACAUCGCGAUCUGGCGGCACGCAAUGUGCUCGUAAGCGAUGAUUACGUCAUGAAGAUAGCAGAUUUCGGUUUGGCGCGCGACAUACAGGACACGGACUACUAUCGUAAGAACACCAACGGUCGUCUGCCCAUCAAAUGGAUGGCGCCCGAAUCGCUGCGGGACAAAUUCUACGAUUCACAGAGUGACGUCUGGUCAUAUGGCAUAUUACUGUGGGAAAUAAUGACCUUCGGCGCACAACCAUACCCCACCAUCAUGUCAGCGGAGGAGCUCUACAGCUAUCUGAUGUCCGGUCAACGUAUGGACAAACCACCAAAAUGCUCGCUGAAUAUUUACAUGCUCAUGCGACAGUGUUGGCACUUCGAUGCCAGCGCACGUCCAACCUUUGCUGAGAUUGUCGAGAACCUCGAUAAGCUGCUGUUGGCCAAUGAAGAUUAUCUGGAUGUGGCGGUGGCGAAUCUGGAAACGCCGCCCUCGUCAAGUGACGACGAAUCGGACGUUGAGUCCCUACGCUAUCACUAUAAAUAAAUUAACAAACCGUUAGUCUCGCAUAUAUUUGCAUAAUUUAUAGGUUGUAUAUACAUAAUUAAAUUUAAAUGUUAGCUUUGCGAGUAAAACAUAUCGCUCACCGCAAUACUCAUAAAACUUAGAUUAAGUCUACGAAAGUAUUUCAAUACUCGUUCUGUUGCGAGCUCAAAUUAUUAUAUUUAAUUCGUUCUAAGCAUAGUAACAUGGACUUUAGAAUUAAAUUAAUUACAUUAAUUAGAUUGUAAUGUAAACAUAAUAUUUAUAUAACACUUCUAAACGCUUUCAAGGAAAAGUUGUAGAACCAAAGGCAAAA